ACUGUGUGCGACGAUGACUGGGACAUCCGGGACGCGGACGUCGCCUGCCGCCAGCUGGGCUGCGGCCAUUCCGUGUCGGCCCCCGGCGGGGCCCGCUUUGGCCAGGGCUCGGGGGACAUUCUCCUGGGCGCCGUGCACUGCUCGGGCGGGGAGCCCCACCUGUCCAGCUGCCCCCACAGCGGGUGGUACAACCACGACUGUGGCCACAGGGAAGACGCCGGAGUCGUGUGCUCAGAAUGGCUCACCACAGCCACACCAGAGACAUCUCCCACAUCAGGUAAUUACCCCAUCUUUCCUGACUGGCUUGCUGUGAAGCUCGUGGACGGCUCUGGAAGGUGCUCGGGCCGAGUGGAGGUGUAUCAUGAAGGCGUGUGGUGCACGGUGUGUGACGACCUCUGGGACGAAAAGGAGGCGCAGGUGGUGUGCCGGCAGCUGGGCUGUGGGACGGCCGCCUCGGCGCCCGGAGAGGCCCACUUCGGCCAGGGCCCGGGCCCCAUCCUUCUGGACAAUGUGCAGUGCUCCGGCACCGAGGCCGACCUGGGCCAGUGCUCCCACGCCGGCUGGUUCUCCCACAACUGUGGGCACGGGGAAGACGCUGGCGUCAUCUGCUCGGAUGCUGAGAGCCUGGCACCAUUUCCUGGCGACUGGCCGCAGCUGCAGCUGGUGAACGGGUCGGGGCACUGUGCCGGGCGCCUGGAAGUGUUCUACCUGGGCGAGUGGGGCAGGGUCUGUGACGACAAGUGGGACAUGAACGAGGCAGACGUGGUGUGCCGGCAGCUGGGCUGUGGCCGCGCCCUCGCCGCCCCCGUGGAGGCCAAGUUUGGCGAAGGCGAAGGCCGGUUUCUGCUGGACGACGUGGACUGCACGGGGAGAGAGAGCUUUCUGGGCCAGUGUCCCCACACCGACUGGUCCCUCCAUAACUGCGGCCCAGGAGAGGACGCCAGUGUCGUCUGCUCAGUCCUUCCUGCGGCCAUCUCGACGCCUCGCUCCCCGGUGACUGUGGCGCCUCCCACACCCCCAGGUAGGCCCCACUCGCACCCCACUGCCGCGUCUCUCAGCGCCGCCGCUCUGAGUUUUACCUGGGGUCUACCCAGCAUCGUCCAGCCGCAGAGCACAGGCGCCCUGGCCCAGCCCCUCAGCCUCAUCUUUGUCAACUUCACAACCAUUGCCAACGUCACCAUUAUCACUAUCAUCCUCACCAUUGUUGUCAUCAUCACCUUCGUCACCGCCAUCACGACCACCUGCAUUAUCAUUAUCAUCUUCAUCAUCACCAUCAUCAUCAUCACCAUUGUCAACACCAAGAUCAGCACUGUUAUCAUCCUCAUCACCACCACCAGCAUUAUUUUCAUCAUCUUCAUCACCAUUGUCAUCAUUAUUGCCAUUGUCAACAGCAACAUUAUCAUCAUCUUCACUGUCAUCAACACCAUUGCGCCGCCCAGCCACCAGGCCCCACUCCAGCCUCUGAGCCCGAAGCUGCCACCUCGUCGCACACCCUGGCAGGUGGUGGCCGAUAAAGCCUCCUGUGGCGUGGCAGGAGUCUGCAUGGACGUGAGGCUGGCGAACGGCACGGGGCGGUGCUCAGGCCGACUGGAGGUGCUUCGCCGGGGCACGUGGGGGACCGUGUGCGGUCAUCGCUGGGGCCUGGCCGAGGCCGCUGUCGUGUGCCGCCAGCUGCGGUGCGGCCAGGCCGUGCUGGCCCCCGCGGGGGCCCGCUUUGGGACGGGCUCCGGGCAGGUCCUGCUGGACAGCGUGCGGUGUGUGGGCAGCGAGCGCCACCUGGGGCAGUGUGCGCACAGGGCCGCGGCCGGGCACAACUGCAGGUCCCUGGCGGGCGCCAGCGUCAUCUGCACAGGCGCCGCCCGGCCACCAGGCCCCACUCCAGCCUCCGAGCCCGAAGCUGCCACCUCGUCGCACACCCUGGCAGGUGGGUCCGGCGGUGCCCGGCUCUCAGCCUCCGUGCUGUCCCCCUGCCUGUGCCUGUCCCCUCCGAGCCAGGCAGCCGGGGGUCACGUGUGGGGGCCCUGGGGACGCAGUGCCCGCGGCUCCGGAGCUCGGGGCGGCUCAGCGGCCACCACCUUCCGCACCUUCGGGGGACUGGUGCGGCUGACGGGCGGCAAGGGGAGCUGCGCCGGCCCAGUGGGGCUCUUCUUCCAGGGGUCCUGGGGGACAGUGUGCGACGACCGCUGGGACCUGCCGGCGGCCAACGUGGUCUGCAGGCGGCUGGGAUCUCAGGAGGGGCUGCGCUGGAGUCGGAUGUUCGCUGAGCAGUGGGCCAUGCCGAGUCGCUGGCCACCCUGCAGAGAGACGGGCAGUAGCUCAGACAUCGCGCAACAGCCGUCCCCCCGGACUCUCUCCUGGACUCUCUCCCCCACUGUGGCUUUUACAUGUGAGAGCGCCUGGCUGGCCAUCCUAGGCCGAGCCCUGCUGGGUGCCAGGGCCAAGCACGGGAAAUCUGAUGGAGGAGCCGUGGACUUUGGAAAGCAGAUAGGGGACAAGCAGGACAGAGACAGAUGGGGAAACAAAGGGGCAGAGACGGACAGGCGACUCAGAACCCCUGUCGGGGGCGGGCCGCCAGCUCAGCUUCAAGGGGGAAAUGGGAGCAGUUCCCUCAUCAAACCGACACGAUCAGAACGGCAGACCCCACCGCCAGGGAGCCGCCGGGCAAGUCGGCAGACCCUGGCUGACAGCUCUUCCCGGCAAGGGAACUCGCCGUGUGGCAGCGUCCUCACUAACUCAUCCGGGGCCAUCCGCAACCCCCCGCGGAACGCGAUGCGUGACAACUUCACCUGUGUGUGGGAAAUCAGGGCCAACUCGUCCAAUCACAUCCUGCUGGCCUUCCCGUACCUGAACCUCGACUGCACCAACGAGUACUUCGAGGUCCUGGACGGCCCGCCGUCCUCCGCCGAGUCCCUGGGGAAGAUCUGCUCCGGCUACUACCUCACCUACUCGUCCUCCGCCAGCUCGCUGACCCUCGUGUAUUUCCGAAGCUUCAACAACAUAGGGAAAAACUUUGUCGCUUAUUACUAUUCCGUAGCCAAAGGCGACGGGCCGGAGCUGCGGCUGGUAGGCGGUUCCGGACGGUGCUCCGGGCGCGUGGAGGUCCUCUACCAGGGGGCCUGGGGCACCGUGUGCGACGACCUGUGGGACCUGAGCGAGGCGGAGGUGGUGUGCCGGCAGCUGGCGUGCGGCCGGGCCAUCUCUGCCCUCGGCAAGGCCCACUUUGGCCCCGGCGCUGGCGGCAUCUUCCUGGACAACCUGCAGUGUGCUGGAGUGGAGCGCCACCUGGGCCAGUGCACCCACUCGGGCUGGCGGGAGCACAACUGUGGCCACCACGAGGACGCAGGUGUCAUCUGCUCAGGAUACCUGCGGCUGGUAGGCGGUUCCGGACGGUGCUCCGGGCGCGUGGAGGUCCUCUACCAGGGGGCCUGGGGCACCGUGUGCGACGACCUGUGGGACCUGAGCGAGGCGGAGGUGGUGUGCCGGCAGCUGGCGUGCGGCCGGGCCAUCUCUGCCCUCGGCAAGGCCCACUUUGGCCCCGGCGCUGGCGGCAUCUUCCUGGACAACCUGCAGUGCUCGGGGCUGGAGCGCCACCUGGGCCAGUGCGCCCACUCGGGCUGGCGGGAGCACAACUGUGGCCACCACGAGGACGCAGGUGUCAUCUGCUCAGAUGCGGAAGACCUGCCCUCUCCCACACCUCCAGGAGGAGGCAGUUCCUGUGGAGGGGUCAUCUCCAGCUUCUCUGGCUCGUUUUCCAGUCCACUGUAUCCAGAUAACUACCCAACAGACAUCCAGUGUGUGUGGGAGAUCCAUGUGGACAAAAACUUCCGCAUAGAACUUGUGAUCCCAAGUUUGAAGCUGGAGGACAUCCUUGGGUGUCCCUAUGACUCCGUUGAAAUCUUUGAUGGCCCCAGGAUUGCCUCUCUUUCCAUGGGGAAGUUCUGUGCUUCGGUGGCCGUGAUGUUUUUCUCCUCCUCGGACAUCAUGACAGUGGUAUUCCGGAGCGACUCUAUGAUCACCAACAGCGGCUUCUAUGCUCUGUUCAAUGCUAUUCCACAGAACGAAAGGAGUUCAGAUGACGGGCCGGAGCUGCGGCUGGUAGGCGGUUCUGGACGGUGCUCCGGGCGCGUGGAGGUCCUCUACCAGGGGGUCUGGGGCACCGUGUGCGAUGACCUGUGGGACCUGAACGAGGCGAAGGUGGUGUGCCGGCAGCUGGCGUGCGGAUGGGCCAUUGCUGCCCCAGGACAAGCCCAUUUUGGCCCAGGCUCUGGAGACAUCUUCCUGGACAACAUUCAGUGCUCCGGAAAUGAGAACCACCUUGGACAGUGCCCCAGCUCUGGCUGGUCAGACCACAACUGUGGCCACCACGAGGACGCAGGUGUCAUCUGCUCAGGAGCCCCGCCUUUCGCCCGCAGGCUGGAGGACAUCUACGGUUGCCCUUACGACUUCGUGGAAGUGUUCGACGGGCAGCAAAGAGCCUCGCUGUCCAUGGGCAGGUUUUGUGCAGGGGCAGAGCUCACGUUCUUCUCCUCCUCGAACAUGGUCACCGUGGUGUUCAGAAGUGACGCCAUGAUCACCAACACGGGCUUCUACGCGCUGUUCAACACGGUCCAGCAAGAAGAGCCGGAGAGCGGUGUGUCGCUGAGGCUGGUGAACGGCAGUGACCGCUGCCAGGGCCGCGUGGAGGUGUGGCACGGCGGGGCCUGGGGCACCGUGUGUGACGACAGCUGGGACCUCCUGGACGCCGGGGUGGUGUGCCGGCAGCUGGGCUGUGGCCAGGCCCUGUCGGCCCCCGUGCAGAGCUACUUCCACGGAGGCACCGGCCGCAUCGUGCUGGACGACGUGCAGUGCACCGGGAAGGAGGCGCGGCUGUGGCAGUGUCUGCACAGCGGCUGGUUCUCCCACAACUGCGGGCACCAUGAGGACGCCGGCGUCGUCUGCACCGGUGUGGACGGCAACGCAGACGUGACACAGACAGAUGAAAAUUUCCAGUGUGGCGGUUUGCUCACAAAUCAUUCGGGCUCCUUCUCCAGCCCUUGGUAUCCUAAAAAGUACCCCACAAAUGUGGUGUGUGCCUGGGACAUCCAGGUGGACAGCAGGGCUCACGUGAAGCUGACCCUGGAAGUGCUGGAGAUGGAGAACUUCUACGGCUGUCCCUACGACUUCGUGGAGGUCUUCGACGGCCCGCAGAGCGAAUCUUUCUCCCUGGGGCGGUUCUGUUCCGGCACAACCCCAAUAUUCACCUCCUCCUCGAAUCGUCUGACGGUGAUCUUCCACAGCGACAACAUCAUCACCAACGCCGGCUUUUACGCCUCCUACGAGUCUCUCCUACAGGAUGAGAACGACACGGACGUGGCCCUCCGGCUGACGGGCGGUGGCCACCCGUGCGAGGGCCGCGUGGAGCUGCGCCGCAGUGGCUCCUGGGGCACCGUGUGCGACGACGGCUGGGACCUGCGGGAGGCCCAGGUGGUGUGCCGGCAGCUGGGCUGCGGGGAGGCCCUGGCGGCGCCUGGGCGGGCGCGCUUCCAGCAGGGCCUGGGCCCCAUCGCCCUGGACGACAUGGAGUGUGCCGGCCUCGAGGCGCGGCUGUGGCAGUGUCUGCACAGCGGCUGGUUCUCCCACAACUGCGGGCACCACGAGGACGCCGGGGUCAUCUGCGCAGUCCUCUCGUGGCGCUUCAGCGAGGGCGCCCUCCCGGGAAUUGUCCUGCUCCGUGUCACGGAGCCAGGACCCUUUGCCUCUCAUGCGCGAGAUGUAACCACACACGCAAGGGCCAGCAAAACUGUCCAGAUGGCGGCGAAAGCCUCCCGGCACAAUGCAACGGCCUCAGCUGCUGGGAGCUACCCACCUUCAGUUCCUGCAGCUGCCGAGGCACAAGCACCCGUGUUCCCGCCCACAGGAGGGCAAUUUCACACGACCAUCCGGAAAAACCGAAUCAACACCUCAAACCCCUCGUCAGCACCUUUUGUUGCUGACGAGGAACACGGGACAGGCACCUGCAGCCCCAGCCACUGCCCAGGGGCUCCUCGGAGAGCGAGGGUCCAAGAGGGGGUGAACACGAAUCGGGAUCUGCCCGUCGUCAGGCUGGUGGCCGGGAGGAGCCGCUGCGAGGGCCGCGUGGAGCUGCAGCACCAGGGCGCCUGGGGCCCCGUGUGCGGCGACCUGUGGGGCCUGGGCGCGCCCGGGUGGUUGGGCAGCAUCCUUCUGGACGACGUGCGGUGCCAGGGCAACGAGGCCACCCUGGGCCAGCGCCGGCACCUCGGCCUGUCCGUCCACAACAGCGGCCACCACGAGGACGCCAGGGUCAUCUGCGCAGCCCAGCUCUCCUGCCUGCCACAGAUGUUCCGCGUGGUCAUCGACCGUGGUUACCUCCGGAGGCUCGGCUACUCCUCCUGGGACGUCCAGGUGGGCGACGACCCGUGUCGUCCCCGAGUCACAGGGCGCUACCUGGUCUUCAGCAUCCCCUACGGCCGCUGCGGCACCGUCAGACACGAAAGCCCCAGCUCCCUCAGCUACUCUAACUCCAUCAGAGGCCGGACACGGGGCCACCCUGGCCGAGUGGUUGUGCGGCACAAGGUUCCUCAGCUGAAGUUCGCCUGCAGUGUGGAGGGCCCAGCUGCUGCUAAAAUUGAGCCUGGGGCUCAAGGCCCGGGAGCAGGUGCCAGCUACGACGUGUCCAUAUCCUUCCUGGAGUUGCCCGUGUCCCCGGAUGUGGGGAGCUCGCGACCGUACUAUAGCAGGCCCAGGAAGGAGGUCUUCCUGCAGGCCACACUGCACAGCUCCGACCCCAGCCUGAGGAUCUUCGUGGACACCUGCGUGGCUUCUCCAGAUGCCCAAGACUUUACAACUGUAAAAUACGAUUUGAUCCAGCAAGGAUGCAUCAAAGACAAUACCUAUGUCAACCUCCACUCCCAUCAGAAGAACACAGCCCAGUUCAAGUUCAGCGCCUUCAGCUUCCUCGACAGCUAUGAUGUGGUCUAUGUUCAGUGUAAGGUUGCUGUGUGCAAAGCAGGUGACCGCUCCUCCCGCUGCUCCCAGGGCUGUGUAGGACGGAGUAACAGGGGUUCAGGCCCCAUGGAGUCCACAGAAGAGCAGGCCGAGCACUUAAAAACAGUGGGGCCACUGAAAAUCCACAAAGGGAUGGGUCAGAACAAAGGUCUUGUGUGA